AUGUUUAAACUACAAGUGAUUAUUAUUCCCCUUACUUCUUUCUCUGCUGAACAAUCCAAUGACUGUUCUUCAUUGUCUGUUAAUUCAACUGCUCUUCGUCAAAAUUAUAAUCUUCUUCCAACAAACAACGACUUCAGCUCCUCUGGUUUACUCAAUUCUAUACCUAGUGCAAAUGCUGUCCCAAAUAUAUCAAAUAUAUCAAAUAUAUCAAAUAAUGACCCCACUAUUAAUAUCUCAAAUUCUCUCAUCCCAAAUUUCAAUCUCCAAAGAAAGUUUCUUCAUUUGACUGAUUCAAAGAUAACUUUGCACCAAUUAUCAAUUGAAAUUAGAUCUCAUUUUUUAAAACUAUAUCCCUCAGAACAUUUAUUUAUCAUCAAUAGAGUGCAAGAUAAUCAUAAUAACGAUUUAGACCCCGAUUAUUUAAUAUCCCAAAUUUUUAGUAACGACAACAAUAUUGUUAAAAUCUUACUAAAUAAUGAUUUAUCCUCAAUUGAUUUCAAUAAUCAUCAUAAUGAUAAUAAUAAAAGAAAACUAGAUCAAUUUCUUUCAAUCCCAAACUAUUCAAAUUUUACAACCGUUUGGGAACGUUUGAGUUAUCCCCAUAAUAUUAAAAAAAUUAAACUUUCUUCUUCACAAGACAAUAUAUCUUCCAAUUCAAUUAUCUCAAAUAAAAAAUCAUCUUAUAAAAAUUUGAAAACUCCCCAAAUUCUUGAGAAACCAAUAACUUCUCCUUCAAGUAAAAGAAUCACUUCUGGCAUGUUAAAAUUACCAAACUCAUCAAAAUAUGUCUCAAAUUCAACCAUAUCUAAUGAUAUCCAUGAUCAGUCAGUCUAUAAUAGCUCCUUUAAUGAUUCAACCUUAUUAUCUCCUCCUAUUGAUCUCCCGGUUAAUCCAAGAAGAUCAAUUACUCCAAAUAAAAGAGAUUUAUCCUACUCUCUUCAUAAAGAUCAGAACUCUGAUAUUUCAGAUAAUUCAACUGAUAAUCUGAAUUCUCAAGAUGAAGAUGAUAAUUUUGGUAAUGAUAUAACUAACAAUAUCAACAAUAUCAACAAUAACAAUGAUAAUAGUACCAUUCAAGAUAUUAAACAGAUCAAUGAUACUACUAUAAAUAAUUGUGAUAAUCAUUCACAAUCAACUAUUCAGAACUCAUAUCAAACUUCUAUCUCUACUCAAAAUAAUAAUUUUGAAAAAAAUACAGGCAAUGUCUACUCCUCUUUUCAACUUAGUAAAAAUCAAUUGCAUAUCAAUAAAUCAAAAUUUUCCCAAAAUUUUAACAUUUUAAGUUCUUCCACUCCAAAUUCGAAAACUAAAAAAUUGUUAGAUCAUCAAUUAAUUUCUUCUGAUGCUAUAAAAAAUAGUUUCAAUUCCCCAAAAAAAUUUCAAUCCAAAACAGACUCCAUAAUAAAUCAAAAACUAAAAGCAAACACUACAAAUGAUUCGAUCGAUGAAAUUUUAAUUAAAAAUUCUCAAAAUAAUACUGAAGAUUCAAUUAAAGAAAAAUUUUCUAUUCAAAACUCUAAAGCUGCAUCAACGUUAAAUGUUGAAAACUCUAAUAAACAUGAAUUUAGUAAUCUUAUAUCUGAAAAGAUUAUUGUUAGUGGGAAGCAAGAUAUUUCAAAAACUGAACCACAAAACAAAAAAAAUGAUAUUUUGCCCAGUAUAAUCGAUAAAAAAGUUUCAUUGGAUCAAGAAAAAUUGACUAACAAUAAAACCUCUAUUGUUACCAUGCAUCAUCAGCUAAAAAGCAUAACAGAUGAUGCAAUUGGAAAUGAUUCAAACACAUCCUUGCAUAUACAAAAAAUUGAAAAUGAUAAUAAUACAUUAAACGAUGAUAAUAACACUUUGAUUGCAAAAGUUCCUUCCCAAAAUGAAAAUAAACAAAAAGAGAAAAAGGCUAAAAUUGAGAACAUUGAGAAAAAAAAAAUAUCAUUCAAUACUUCAGAAGCUGCUUCAAAUAAGGACUCUAUAGAUAAUAAAAUUGAUGAUCUGAUAUUAAAUAAAGUAAAUGGAACUAUAUUAAAUGCACCAGAUCUAAACAGAGAUAUAGCCGUUAAUGGUGAGUUAUUAGAUUCAAUUAUUUCUAGAAAAAAAGAAGAUUCUAAUAAAAAUCAAAAUGAAAAAAAAAUGGAAACGGAAAUGGAAACCAAAGAUAAAGCUGCUAAUUUUAAAGUUAAUGAAAGUCAAAAAAAUUCUAUGAAUUUGAAGAAUGAAAAAAAUGAGAAGAGCAUUAAUACUAUUAAAAAUGAUAACUUUCUUGGCGAAAAUGACCUCAAUAAACUUUUGAGUGAAAGGCACAAUAAUGGAUCAGAUAAAGACACUGAUGGAAACUUCGAAAAUAUUUCUAAUUCAGCUUUAGAUUCUGAUUCUGGUUCUGAUUCCGAUUUGAAUUCUGGCUCUGAUUCAGACGUGAAUGUUGACGGUGGUACUGAUUCCGAUGCUGGUUCUAAUUCUGAUGCUGAUGCUGAUUCUGAUGUUGAUUCUGAUGCUGAUUCUGAUUCCGAUUUUAAUUCUCUGUCAUCGGGUAAUGAAAGUGAUGCAUUGGGUAAAAACAACAACGCAAGGCGUAUUAUCUCUGCUUCAAAAAUUCCGAUUUCUAUAGCUGCUGGUUUUCUUUCCUUGUCACAAAAAAAGGAUUCCUUAUCAGAUAAUGAAAACUUAGAUGCGGAUCAAGGAAAAAAUGAAAAGACCAAAAACGCUGAUUUAAACUCAUCCCAAGAAAAAUCCGGAACAAUCGAAAAACAAGUCAAUGAUGAAUUGCAACUCAAAAAUAUUAAUGUCAUAAAAAGACCUAGAUCAAAUUUAAGUAGUUUAGCAGAUCUAGCUAAACGUGGUAUUCCAAGUGUUAGAGAUAGUAAGGAAAUUAUUUUACCAAAAAAGUCUCAGCAGAAACAACUUGAUAGUUCAAGUAGCGAAUUUGAGUCCAGUUCGGAUUCAGAUUCGGAUUCGGAUUCAGAUUCAGAUUCAGAUUCAGAUUCAUAUUCAUAUUUAAAGCCCAAAAAAAAAAAUGAUAAAAAUAAAAGAAAAAAUGCAAAUGAAAAACUUCUAAAUAAAUUUGGUUUAACCAAAAAACGGAAAAGAAAUCCUUUCAAUGAUCUAAUUAGAGAUUCAAGAAAAUAA